GAUAGACAGAAAAAAGCUUGGAAGGAGUUGGUGUAAUUUAAUGAGUGGAUUAAGUUGAAAAAUAACCAAACUUCCUCCACUCAAACAUGUGAGUAUUUGACGAGGACUUGGUAGCUUAUUUAAGUGUUUGACAUGUGGGUUGAUAUUGUUGUUAAGAGAUUUUUGCUGCUUUGAAAGUUAUGAGGAGAACUUGGUUAAGGAAUUUGAAAUUCUAGAGGUGUGUUUUCAGGUGAGGUUCCUUACUAGGAAAUACUGUUUCUUCUUCCUUUUUUUUGGAUUUCGUGGACUGUAAAAAGACAUGUUGCAUAGGAAGAGUCUCAGCUUCUAGAUAGAGAUUUUUUCUUCUAAUAAUCAAUAUAAGAAGGCAGCUCCUGGAAGAUUUGAAUGGGAUAAGCUAGCUCCUGUCUUUCCUUGAUUCAAGUCGUUGUAAGCAGCUGGGGUUGAAGCUGGAUAUAUAUUGCAUACUUGAAGCUUUUGAUCAUAUAUGAGAAGUUUCUGCGGGAGGAUUUUGGAGAAUAUUUGAAAACUUUUGUAAGAUUUUUGUUGAGAUAUUGAAGUACAGAUUGAAGAUAAAGGAGGGCUGUCUUCUUGUUUUGGUUAGAGAUGGGCUCCACACAUGCCACCCUCUUGGUUGUUUCCUUGAUUUUCUUGGUCAUUUUAGGCUCAAAUCUCAUUUCAGGACAAACCUUCUCAUCAAAUUCUUCUGAGCCUGGUACAAAUGUGCUUGCUGUGAACAAUGUAUCACAGACUGUGAUGCAGCCAGAUGAUACUGUGAGGGUGGAUCCACUAAAGGAUCUCAAGAAAUAUAGAGGAGGAUAUGAUAUCAAAAACAAACAUUAUUGGAGUUCAACCAUGUUCACAGGAGUUCAUGGAUAUGUCAUUGGGGUAAUCUGGCUUCUUGGUGGCAUAGCAUAUGGAGGCUUUCUGCUAGCAACUGUCUUUUGUUGUAAAAAUAGAAGGAAUGAAAAGCUGAAGAAAAGAUUACCUUGCCAUAAGCAAUGUUACCUCUGGCCUAUUCUCCUGGCUAUAUUUUUCACCAUCUUAGCAAUAACUGCAUCUGGGCUAGUUCUUGGAGGGAAUGCGAAGUUCCAUUCGCGAGCAAAAACUGUUGUUGACAUCAUCAUUGACACGGCAAACAAUGCAACGAAAACCAUGUACAACACAACAGGAGCAAUGAAGGACAUGAAAGAGAGUCUAGGAGCAUCUAAUCAAAGUGCUGCGGUUCAGGCGUCUAGCUUCCUUACCUCCACAUCAGAGCAACUUGAUGUUGAGGCUGCUGAUAUACAAAGACAAGCUAGGAAGAAUAGGCGGUUGAUCGAUAAGGGUCUCAAGAUUGUGUAUAUAGUAACCACAGUGACAAUUUCCUUGAACCUGGCUGCGCUAAUUGCUCUUUCAGUCUGUGGAACUCUGAGGUUACGGCGACCACUUAACAUACUAAUUGCAGUGUGUUGGAUCCUGACUGUUCUAUGCUGGAUAUUUUUUGGGCUGUAUUUCUUCUUACAAAACUUUUCAAGAGAUUCAUGCACAGCUCUCGAAAGCUUUCAACAGAACCCUUACAAUAACAGCUUGAGUUCAAUCCUUCCCUGCGAUCAAUUGCUCUCUGCAAAACCAGUCUUAUUUGAUGUCAGUCAAGGGAUCUACAGCCUUGUCAAUCAGGUGAAUGCAAACUUAUCGACCAUACAAGGAUUGCCUUAUAAAGUGUGCAAUCCCUUCUCAGCACCACCUGAAUACCAAUUCCAGCCUGAUAAGUGCCCUUCUAACGCAAUCCGAAUUGGCGAUAUCCCACAGGUGUUGAAGGUAUUUACUUGUUCCAGUUUCGACAACGGAACAUGUGCCAGCGGACAAUUCAUAUCGCCUAAUGAUUAUACAACAGUUGAGGCAUACACAACAUCCAUUCAGAGCCUGCUAAAUGUGUAUCCUGAGAUGGAAAAUCUUGUAGAAUGUCAAACAGUGAAGGACGCAUUUUCUGAAAUCCUUUUGUACCAUUGCAAACCAUUGAAGAGAUACAUUCGAAUGGUGUGGACAUCGCUGGUGUUUCUCUCUUUAGUCAUGGUGUUUUUGGUUCUGAUAUGGGCAAAGCUGGCUCAGCAUGAGCAAGAACACCAUUCUUUAGAUGGUUCUGUUAAGCCACAUUCGUCUGUCGCAAAGGAACCGGAAACUGGAACCAAAGAUAGCUCAAACCAUACUAGUCCAGUCUAGGAUGUAGUAACAUUAUACCUAGGAUACUAAAUUAAAUUCUGGAAGAUCAAUGGUGCAAGCCAGCUUCCAAGAACACAGGAUCCAAAAUCAUGAUAUACGAUACUGUACAGGUAGAUUAGACACAUACCAUAAAGAAGUGGAGGUCAGAAAUCAAGAGGGCUGCAGAGAUUGAUUUUGUCUCGGUAGGGAGAUGGUCACAAAAUUUUCAGGAGGAAAGUCAUACAGAUUUUUUCAUUCAUUUGAUUGAAUAUCAGACCGAACCUGGGGGACCAACCCCACUAUAGAAUGUAACAAAAUUUGUCAAGGCAAUAAUAUUAAAUUCCAAUUUAAUUCA